CUAGAGGUGAAGCUGGGUGCCGCUGCUGGGGGCAGGGAAAAAAGCUUGGAAACCCUGAGAAACCAGCUCCCGGGCUAGUAUGAGCAGCCGCCCGACCGAGAAGCCAUGCGUGUUGGGUUUCGACCAGUUUGGCUUCGCGGUGUUUCGGAGGAAUUGCGACAAGUGGAAGCAGGAACAUCGCAGCCACGAAUACAGUUACCCAAGUGUCGAUUCUUCCAAGCUAGAAUCAUGGCAGAAAAUGCUUAGCAAUUGGAAUGAGGCUGGUGCAUCAUGCAUGGAUAAGAUGCAUAUCUUGCUUGAAGAUGGUGUUCCCAUCAAACUACGUGGUCGUCUGUGGAAAUGCCUUUUGGAUAGUGACCUAGUUAAAGAGAGUAGUACCCACACCUACCAGGAGUAUGUGCAGGAAUUGCGCAGUCAGCUGGCAAGCCUUGGCGUGAAUGAGUAUGGGGUGCAGGUGGCCAUUUCUACACUGGACAAUGCAGACAAAGAGAGGGCAGAAACGGACAGUGCAGCUCCCAACCUGAUGCCUAAUUACAACCCUGAGAUCACCAUUGAAACAUUAAGACAGAUUGUCCUAGAUGUUGAGAGAUCAUUUCCCACUCACUGUUCCCUGAUGGGUAAAAAUCCAGAAGCAAAAGAAGGCCAGGCGAAACUUUUUAGGAUCCUCUCUGCAUAUGCCAAGUAUAAUCCCCAGAUAGGCUACUGCCAAGGAAUGUCCUACAUAGCAGCAAUGCUCCUAAUGAACAUGCAGGAAGAGGAUGCUUUCUGGGCUUUCGUUGUGCUACUGGAAAAGCCCAAGUACCUGGCUGGAUUUUAUGAACACUCAUUAGAUACAAUCCAAAGGCAUGCCAAAAUCUUUCAACAGCUGCUGAAACAUCGAAUGCCCUGCCUCUGGCAACACAUGGACAAUUUGGAAGUGGCACCGUUACUGUUCAUUACCACUUGGUUCCUCACUCUUUUUACUUCCUUGCCUUGCUGGGAUUCGGUGUUGGCCAUCUGGGAUCUAAUAAUUCUAGAUGGUAUCAAUGUAAUGUUCAGCACUGGCCUGUGUAUUCUGCAGCUGCUGGAACCCCGCCUACUUGCUAUGUCUGACGUUUCUGUGCUGCUUCCCACCCUGCUCAGGAUUCCUGUCGAUGUCUCCAGAUAUAAUGUCCUGGUCCCAGCGCUGUGGCUAACCAAGGUACACAAGUGGGAGCUGGACUGCAUGCAGAGUGUGGUGCUGGAAGAGGAGGAGGAAGCAUUGCUCUCCUCAGGCAAGCUGUCAAUUCAGGCAACCACUGUGGAAAAGAUGACGAAGCAAAAUGGGAAAAAAACACCCGACAUAAAGGGAGCAGACGGGAAGAGGUCAACAAGGUCAAGCGCAUCUGUGGGAAAAGAGACAUUGAAGGACACACUUACCAAGAUGCUGAAAAUAGCUCGAUGUUACCUGCAAGACUUGCGCCACUUGUCUGAAGGACACAAGGAGACCCUUUCACAGGAAAAAGCAUUGAUUAUCCCUGGUCAUUCAAAGCGUUGGUCAACUACUGUCAACAGCAAAGGGCAGGCCAGGAGGGGGAUCAGUGGGAAGGGGAGGAGUGAGAAAACUUCACGAUAAGCUCACAUUAAACUUGUGAUCGGCAGGAAACCAAUAAGGGGCAAUUGUUUCCUCGUCAGUUUAGCAAAGAAAAGUAUUUGAGAGGGGAACGAAUAUUUUAACUCUGUAAUUAGGUGUCCACUGCUACUGAUUCCAUGUUAUUUGUUCAUAAACUUGCCUAGUUAUUAACGUUGUCUCGUAAAUAUAGUUUUUACAAAGCGCUACCAGUCCUCAUAGUUUGUCACUAAUGCACUUGCGUCUAAUGAA